GGCCACUGGACUCAGGUUUGCAUAAAAGACACAGACUGCCCUAGAUCUGAAAUGAAUAAAUACUGAGUGUGUGUGUAUUUCCACCAUCAGUCUCACUGGUAACAUACCACAGCGUCUUUUAAAAUCAUGCUUUGCUUCAGCAUCACACUCUUGCUUGCAGCAACAUGUCUACUUGCAAGUGCAGGUGUCCCCACAGAGACAGUUACCACCUGUGAAGGCAACCAUGUCCAUCGACUGAGCUGUGAUAUUGGAGUGAUUAGUGUUGAGACAGCACUGUACGGACGUGCAGACAGUGUGACCUGCAGUGAAGGACAACCUUCAUACAAAACUUCUACAACAGACUGCUCUCUGACAGACACUUUGGCUCUGCUCAAGAGAAGGUGUGAUGGAAAAAGGCUGUGUGAACUAAGUCCAAAUGGUUUCGGAGCAUCUGAUCCCUGCAGGGGCACCUACAAAUAUCUGCAGACCAAGUACAACUGCUUCCCAGCAACUCACCAAGUGACAUGUGAGCACUCUCUGGCACACCUGCAUUGUGAUGAAGGGCUGGUUAUAAAUGUGUACAGUGCUGAUUAUGGACGCCACGACCAGACCACAUGCUCUUACCAACGGUCUCCCUCUAAAAUCCGAAACACUGACUGUGCACAUCCAACCAGCCACGUUUCUGAAAGCUGUACUGGGAAAAACAGCUGUAUUGUUAAAGCAAGCAACUCAGUGUUUGGAGACCCCUGUGCUGGCACUUACAAGUACCUGGAGGUGGCUUACACAUGUGAAUUGGAGGUUCCUCUGCUGGCUGUCGCUACUGUCUGGCUGCAUCUUGCAUUUUGCACCGCAGCUACAAGAGGCUGAGCUGUCCCCCCUCUCCUCCUGCUGUCUGUGUGCUGUCCUCAUCUGACUCGUGCGAAAAAAACAACAGAAAAUCAAACAUGUUCUGAAACCUUUAUUGAUAGAUAAAAGUUUUUGAGUUGUUGUGUAAAAACAAUGUGAGCCUCUAGUUACUUUGAAACAUUCAACAAUUGGAUGAAAAAUACAGACUUGGCGUGAGAAGGGCUUAACACUGAACUUAGCUAUAACUUAGCUUAGCCGUAAUAUUUAGAGAAAAAAACUGAAGUAAAGGCGGAAAUUUAAGGGGGCAUUAUUUUUCAAGCAAGUCAAUCACAGUUGGGGGUCUGAGAGAAAGUCAGUCUAUAUAAUGACAUUAAAUGCUGUGCAAAAUC